AUACUGGUUUUUAUUAUUGUACUGUUUUAUUGGUUUUGUUUUCUGACUAUUUUCAGUUCAGGGUUGGUUGAAUCUGUGGUUGCAGAACCCUGGGAUAUGGAGGGCCUAUGGUAGUAUUUUUCUUUCAUUCUUAAAAAGCCUUAAUUACUGAUGAGAUGUGUGAACCUAUUGAGUACUGCAUAGCUUCUCAGAUCUUGGAAACCAGCACCCUCAUUUCCGUUUCUACAUUGAUUUGUUUGGGUAGUACUUGUGUUUUAUCCCACCAAUUACUAGUCCCUCCCUCCCUUCACCAAAGAUAGAGAUAUGACGUCACAUAAAAAAAAGUAGCAUGACCAAAUAUUGAAACUGUGGACUACCUUGCACUAACGGUUUUCAGAAUGUUGGACAGAUGUCGCUUUGUUUCCUUCAAAAACUUAGAUAUUCUGUGAUAGCUUUUCAGUUUCCUUUGGUAUCUUGGGAUACGUCAGUGCAGUUUGGGAGCCAGAGCUUUAACUUAGGUUCCUCGUGUCAGCAGUACCUGGGUUAGCAUGCAGCCUAACGAUGAAAGUAUACUGUGGGCAUAUAAUCAUUUGUGCCUUGGUUUUAAUUCAGCCAGCUGGCUUAGAGUUUUUGGUGUCUGCUUUGUGCCAGGUACUGCUUGGACACUGAGGGUUACGUGAACUCAGGGAUGUGUUUGCUCCCAGGGAUCUGACAGUCUGUGGGGAGAAUUACAAGAUUGGGAAGUGAAGCGGUAGAGCAGAAGUCAGCAAACUCUUUCUGUAAAGGGCCAGGCAGUAAAUAUUUUAGGCUUUGUGGACCAUUCAGUCUCUAUCCCAGCCUCUCAGCUCUAACAUUGUCAUGGGAAAGUAGACAUAGAUUGUACUUAAACUAAUGGGCAUGGCUGUGUUCUAGGAAGAUUUACAAAAUCAAGAGGCGGGUAAGAUUCGGCCUGUGGAACAUGAAUUGUGCAACCCCGUGACAUAAAUAUAAUUAAAGUGUUGUAGAAGCAGCAGAAGAUGGCAUCUAACAUUCUGGGGACUCUCAGAGGUGAUGACAAACAUACCCCCUGCUAGGAGCAUCACCGCUGACUUGAGGAGGGUGCAGAUGAAAUUAGAAGGGAAAAUGGGUGCUGGCCUGAGGAGUGCUGAAGGGUCCAGCAGCUGUGGUACGGCAGCCAUUUUAGUGUGGUCCGGACACACGCAGCAGGGGCAGUGUGCAAGGCCUCUUUGUAGGUUCCGACUCCAGUUGUAUGGAUUGUAUAUUUUCUCUCUUGUUCUUUUUUGUUUUGUACCUCAUUUUGGUCAACCGUGUCCUGCAGUAGCUUCCAGAGAAUGGGUACAUGGAAGGCGAUAUAUCUUUCGACAUCUUGCAUGUCUUCGUAAAAUGUAUGUUAUCAACUCAACAGCUUGAGUAUAGAAUUUAAGUGUGAAAAUAAUUUUCACUUGUAUUUUGGAAGGUGUUCUUUUUAGCUUUCAUUGCUAAGAAGUCUGGUGUGUUCCUCCUCUUCUCAAGAAUAUUUAUGGGUCACACACCCAGUCUCAUGUACACCUGUAACCUGCUCUGGAGGUGGUGCUGUCACCAUCCCUGUGUUACAGUGGGGGUUUGUCCACACUCACACAGCAAGUCACAGAGGCCUUGAGUGAUUUAUUAUGAUGUUGUUCUUAUUCCUGAGCCCUUGUGUAUGGCCUCCACUCCCUGGAAACUUGUAACAUCUUUGAUACAGUUAUUUUGAUAUUCUCAGUGAUGCAUCUUGCUAUCAGUCUUUUCAAAUUCCUUGUGCUGGGUUAUGUGGGCUCUUUGAGGACUAGAUUUUUGCUAGGACUAGAUCUAUAUACUGAUAAAUUUUGCAUACAUCUUUGUUACUGCAGCUAUCUCCUAGUUAAUCUCCUUGAAACAUCACUUUGUUGCAGCUUCCCUCUUUCUGAAAAGCUGUUCAUGCCUUCCUGUGCAGUCUAGUCUUCCCAGAUAGAACUUCUUAGUCUGGUCAAGUUUAUGUUUUUCAUAAGUAUUUCUUUCAUUUAACUUGAAGAGCCCCUACACUUCACUUCAGUAACACAAUGGAGUCUACCUAACUGCAGAGUUUAUGAUCCUGAAAAGCCUUCUUCACUGGGAGCUAAUGCUUGAGGAAUUUAAGAUCUUGUGGGAGGGAAAUGGGAUAAGGAAAAUCGUUGCUGGUCAAAGUUUUUAAACAAUGUUGAUGUUUCCUCCUAGGAAACAGUAAAGAAAGGGACACUAGGAAGAAUACAAAUGAGCAGUGCGGGUACUGUUUACUGCCUGUGUGAUUGCCCUUGUUUGGCUCAACUCCCAAUAUCUCCACUCCUGUGGAUCGGUGACCCACUCGUAGGUUUAUUUACCUUUACAGUAGUUCAGGGUCUUUUCUUUUCUUCUUCACGUGUUCCAGCUUAGCAUUUAAUUUCUUUUGAGAAUUAAUGACAAGGGAGUUAUCUCAUUGUAUCUCAAAAAGAUAGAUUCUUGAGAUAAAAGAUGCUUUAGGCAGUCUUAAUUCCUUAUAUCCUGACCGUGCAGGUGUUGCCUGAGGCCUCCUUCUGCACCCAAGGCUGGAGGCUUCAGUGCCAUCAGGCUUAGGUUCGUGCCAGCAGGACAUGCUGACUCAUUCUCUGUCACAUUUCCCCCUCUGUCUCUACCUACCUGUCCCCACCACCGCCACCAUAUUUAUGUAUAUAUAGAGAGGGGUUGGGGGACGGGAACAGAGACAAAAUAGGCAACAAAAUGUGUUGGGACUACAGUUUCUGGUAUUUAGCUUUACUUUUCUCAACUCUUUUCCUAAUUUUCUUCAGCAGAAAGGCCCUAAACCUCAUGUACAUUGGAACCAGAAUUCCCAAGCUUGAGAAAAAUACAAGUCAAGGACUGAUUGCAUUGCACAGAUGAUGGAUAUUUACGUGUGUUUGAAACGAGCAUCCUGGAUGGUGGACAAUAAAAGAAUGAGGACUGCUUCAAAUUUCCAGUGGCUCUUAUCAACAUUUAUUCUUCUAUAUCUAAUGAAUCAAGUAAAUAGCCAGAAAAAGGGAGCUCCUCGUGAUUUGAAGUGUGUAACUAACAAUUUGCAAGUGUGGGACUGUUAUUGGAAAGCACCCUCUGGAACAGGCCGUGGUACUGAUUAUGAAGUUUGCAUUGAAAACAGGUCCCAUUCUUGUUAUCAACUAGAGAAAACAAAUAUUAAAAUUCCAGCUCUUUCACAUGGUGAUUAUGAAAUAACAAUAAAUUCUCUACAUGAUUUUGGAAGUUCUACGAGUAAAUUCACACUAAAUGAACAAAACGUUUCCUUAAUUCCAGAUACUCCAGAGAUCUUGAAUUUGUCUGCUGAUUUCUCAACCUCUACAUUAUACCUAAAGUGGAAUGACAGGGGUUCAGUUUUUCCACACCACUCAAAUGUUAUCUGGGAAAUUAAAAUUCUACGUAAAGAGAGUAUGGAGCUCGUAAAAUUAGUGACCCACAACACAACUCUGAAUGGCAAAGAUACACUUCAUCACUGGAGUUGGGCCUCAGAUAUGCCCUUGGAGUGUGCCAUUCAUUUUGUGGAAAUUAGAUGCUACAUUGACAGUCUUCAUUUUUCUGGUCGCAAAGAGUGGAGUGACUGGAGCCCUGUGAAGAACAUUUCUUGGAUGCCUGAUUCUCAGACUAAGGUUUUUCCUCAAGAUAAAGUGAUACUUGUAGGCUCAGACAUAACAUUUUGUUGUAUAAGUCAAGAAAAAGUGUUAUCAGCACUGAUUGGCCAUACAAACUGCCCCUUGAUCCAUCUUGAUGGGGAAAAUGUUGCAAUCAAGAUUCAUAAUAUUUCUGUUUCUGCAAGUAGUGGAACAAAUGUGGUUUUUACAACCGAAGAUAACAUAUUUGGAACUGUUAUUUUUGCUGGAUAUCCACCAGAUACUCCUCAACAACUGAAUUGUGAGACACAUGAUUUAAAAGAAAUUCUAUGUAGUUGGAAUCCAGGAAGGGCGACAGCAUUGGUGGGCCCACGUGCUACAAGUUACACUUUACUUGAAAGUUUUUCAGGAAAAUAUGUUAGAUUUAAAAGAGCUGAAGCACCUACAAAUGGAAGCUAUCAAUUAUUCUUUCAAAUGCUUCCAAAUCAAGAAAUAUAUAAUUUUACUUUGAAUGCCCACAAUCCUCUGGGUCGAUCAGAAUCAACAAUUUUAGUUAAUAUAACUGAAAAAGUUUAUCCCCAUACUCCUACUUCAUUCAAAGUGAAGGAUAUUAAUUCAACAGCUGUUAAACUUUCUUGGCAUUUACCAGGCAACUUUGCAAAGAUUAAUUUUUUAUGUCAAAUUGAAAUUAAGAAAUCUAAUACAGUACAAGAACAGCGGAAUGUCACAAUCAAAGGAGUAGAAAAUUCAAGUUAUCUUGUUGCUCUGGACAAGUUAAAUCCAUACACUGUAUAUACUUUUCGGAUUCGUUGUUCUACUGAAACUUUCUGGAAAUGGAGCAAAUGGAGCAAUAAAAAACAACAUUUAACCACAGAAGCCAUUCCUUCAAAGGGGCCUGACACUUGGAGAGAGUGGAGUUCUGAUGGAAAAAAUUUAAUAAUCUAUUGGAAGCCUUUACCCAUUAAUGAAGCUAAUGGAAAAAUACUUUCCUACAAUGUGUCAUGUUCAUCAGAUGAGGAAACACAGUCCCUUUCUGAAAUCCCUGAUCCUCAGCACAAAGCAGAGAUACAGCUUGAUAAGAAUGACUACAUCAUCAGCGUGGUGGCUAAAAAUUCUGUGGGCUCGUCACCACCUUCCAAAAUAGCGAGUAUGGAAAUUCCAAAUGAUGAUCUCAAAAUAGAGCAAGUUGUUGGGAUGGGAAAGGGCAUUCUCCUCACCUGGCAUUACGACCCCAACAUGACUUGUGACUACGUCAUUAAGUGGUGUAACUCGUCUCGGUCGGAACCAUGCCUUAUGGACUGGAGAAAAGUCCCCUCAAACAGCACUGAAACUGUAAUCGAAUCUGAUCAGUUUCGACCAGGUGUAAGAUAUAAUUUUUUCCUGUAUGGGUGCAGAAAUCAAGGAUAUCAAUUAUUACGCUCCAUGAUUGGAUAUAUAGAAGAAUUGGCUCCCACUGUUGCACCAAAUUUUACUGUUGAGGAUACUUCUGCAGAUUCGAUAUUAGUAAAAUGGGAAGACAUUCCUGUGGAAGAACUUAGAGGCUUUUUAAGAGGAUAUUUGUUUUACUUUGGAAAAGGAGAAAGAGACACAUCAAAGAUGAGGGUUUUAGAAUCAGGUCGUUCUGACAUAAAGGUUAAGAAUAUUACUGACAUAUCCCAGAAGACACUGAGAAUUGCUGACCUUCAAGGUAAAACAAGUUACCACCUGGUCUUGCGAGCCUAUACAGAUGGUGGAGUGGGCCCAGAGAAGAGUAUGUACGUGGUGACAAAGGAAAAUUCUGUGGGAUUAAUUAUUGCCAUUCUCAUCCCAGUGGCAGUGGCUGUCAUUGUUGGAGUGGUGACAAGUAUCCUUUGUUAUCGGAAGCGAGAAUGGAUUAAAGAAACCUUCUACCCUGAUAUUCCAAAUCCAGAAAACUGUAAAGCGUUACAGUUUCAAAAGAGUGUCUGUGAGGGAAGCAGUGGUCUUAAGACAUUGGAAAUGAAUCCUUGUACCCCAAAUAAUGUUGAGGUUCUAGAAACUCGAUCAGCGUUUCCUAAAAUAGAAGAUACAGAAAUAAUUUCGCCAGUAGCUGAGCGUCCUGAAGAUCGCUCUGAUGCAGAGCCUGAAAACCAUGUGGUUGUGUCCUAUUGUCCACCCAUCAUUGAGGAAGAAAUACCAAACCCAGCAGCAGAUGAAGCUGGAGGGACUGCACAGGUCAUUUACAUUGAUGUUCAGUCGAUGUAUCAGCCUCAAGCAAAACCAGAAGAAGAACAAGAAAAUGACCCUGUAGGAGGGGCAGGCUAUAAACCACAGAUGCACCUCCCCGUUAAUUCUACUGUGGAAGAUAUAGCUGCAGAAGAGGACUUAGAGAAAACUGCGGGUUACAGACCUCAGGCCAAUGUAAAUACAUGGAAUUUAGUGUCUCCAGACUCUCCUAGAUCCAUAGACAGCAACAGUGAGAUUGUCUCAUUUGGAAGUCCAUGCUCCAUUAAUUCCCGACAAUUUUUGAUUCCUCCUAAAGAUGAAGACUCUCCUAAAUCUAAUGGAGGAGGGUGGUCCUUUACAAACUUUUUUCAGAACAAACCAAACGAUUAACAGUGUCAGCGUGUCACUUCAGUCGGCCAUCUCAAUAAGCUCUUAUUGCUAGUGUUGCUACAUCAGCACUGGGCAUUCUUGGAGGGAUCCUGUGAAGUAUUGUUAGGAGGUGAACUUCACUACAUGUUAAGUUACACUAAAAGUGUUCAUGUGCUUUUAAUGUAGUCUAAAAGCCAAAGUAUAGUGACUCAGAAUCCUCAAUCCACAAAAUUCAAGAUUUGGAGCUCUUUGUGAUCAAGCCAAAGAAUUCUCAUGUACUCUACCUUCAGGAAGCAUUUCAAGGCUAAUACCUACUUGUACGUACAUGUAAAACAAAUCCCGCCGCAACUGUUUUCUGUUCUGUUGUUUGUGGUUUUCUCAUAUGUAUACUUGGUGGAAUUGCAAGUGGAUUUGCAGGCCAGGGAGAAAAUGUCCAAGUAACAGGUGAUGUUUAUUUGCCUGACGUUUACUCCUUUCUAGAUGAAAACCAAGCACAGAUUUAAAAACUUCUAAGAUUAUUCUCCUCUAUCCACAGCAUUCACAAAAAUUAAUAUAAUUUUUGAUGUAGCGACAGUGAUUUAGUGUUUUGUUUGAUAAAAUAUGCUGAUUUCUGUGCCUACUGUAUAAUGGUUAUCAAACAGUUGUCUCAGGGGUACAAACUUUGAAAACAAGUGUGACACUGACCAGCCCAAAUCAUAAUCAUGUUUUCUUGCUGUGAUAGGUUUUGCAAGCCUUUUCAUUAUUUUUUAGCUUUUAUGCUUGCUUCCAUUAUUUCAGUUGGUUGCCCUGAUAUUUAAGAUUUACAUUUCUAAGACUAUGGACCCAUGUUUCUUUUAAAUCAUUUUAUUUUGUGAUAGUGACAGCUUUAUAUGAACAAAUUCAAUAUUAUUCAUAAGCAUAUAAUUCCAGUGAUUUACUAUGUGAGAUGACUACUAAGCAAUAUCUAGCAGCAUUAGCUGUCUGUAUUCUGAUUGGGUUUCGUUCCUCCUGAGGAGACCAUGCCAUUGAGCCUGGCUACCCAGGCAGUGGUGAUCUUUGACACCUCCUAGUGGAUGUCCUCCUGCUCAUGAGUCUUUUCAUCAUGCCAGAUUAUCUGAUCCAGUACUCACAUUUUUAAAUAUAAAACUAAAGAGAGAAUGCUUCUUACAGGAACAGUUACCCAAGGGCUAUUUCUUAGUAACUGUCCUAAACCGAUCUGAAUCCACGGGCAUGCCUGUGUUGCAGGUGUAGCAAUUGCUUGGUGAGCUGUGCGUAGUUGGGUGCCUUCAGCACAGCAUCCUCUGCCCACCCUUCUUUCUCAUAAGCGAUGUCUGGAGUGAUUGUGGUUCUUGGAAAAGCAGAAGGAAAAACUAAAAAGUGUAUGUUGUAUUUUCCUUGCCCUCAGGUUGCCUGUGUAUUUUACCUUUUCAUAGUUAAGGCAAAAGUACUUGAAAAUUUUAAGUGUCCAAAUAAGAUAUGCCUUUUUUGUUUGGUUUUUUGGUUUUUGUCAUCUGAGGUUCUGUAAUGUAUUUACAAAUAAUGGAUCAGUUAAUUUUUUUGAAGCUCAUAUUGUAUAUUUUUAAAAACCAUGUUGUGGAAAAAAGCCAGAGUGACAAGGGACAAAAUCUAUUUACGUUCUCUGUGUAUGAAUCCUGAUUUUAACUGCUAGGAUUCAGCUAAAUUUCUGAGCUUUAUGAUCUGUGGAAAUUUGGAGUGAAAUGCAAUUCAUUUUGUACAUACAUAGUAUAUUAAAACUAUAUAAUAGUUCAUAGAAAUGUUCAGUAAUGAAAAAUAUAUCCAAUCAGAGCCAUCCCUAAAUAGUGUUCUCUUGUCUUCCUUUGUAUCCUCUUUGGCUCCUUCCCUUAGCUUCCACCCCAGACAUGAGAUCUAGGGCUGCCUUCUCUCCCUGCCAAAUUUUGCUGUUACCAUAGUCUGCUUGCCCUCAACUCCUGCCUUGUUCCCUGUUGAAAUAUAUCAAUCCCAUACUUUAUCUCUCCAGGACAAGGAUAGGCGUUGGCUACAGUAAACGUUUAUUGCUCUAAACGACACUAACCUGAGAUAACCAGAAAAGGCCAGAAGAGAUUGUUUGAUCUUUGUCUGUCAAUAUAUAUGCAUUUCAACUGUGACCAUCUGGAUCCAGGGCCCUUUCUAACCUAUAUAACGACUCAUUUGUUUGGCUAAUGAUGAAUAUCACUGGGGCUCUUAAGUCCUUUCGUUCUCUGCAAGACUUCACUGUUUUUUCUGUAUGAAAAAAGUGCAGAAUAUCACUCACCUUUCCCCUACUUCUGGAGUUUCAUACACAAGGAUCACUAGCUUAAUGAGAAGCAGAGUAACACUAUUAAGUCUGGGCAAGCUCCUUAUAAGUUGCUGUAUGGUUAAAAGAGUGUGGUUUGUGUCUGAGGCCAAAGCGGUUUUCCUUCUUUUUCCUCAUUGAAUUGAAGACAGCUAGACCGUUGUGCAGAUCCCAGGAUAUUACCUCUCCUCCCACUCCACCUGUGUGUGUAGGGAGAGCAACAACACGGGAAGAGGAGAGGGAAGUGGGAAGGAGAGAUUAGUCGCAUGUCCAGUUGUCUGAGACACUGGUAAAUGUGCACUGUUUUUCAAUGCUGGUUGCAUGCCUGCAUUUACAAGGUGUUCUCAUACUGAUUGUGCUCUGUCCAGUUAGAUUUGUGGCUUCUCCCUUGGAAGCGACAAUUAAGGACUAGUUAGAGGCAGAGCUAGAUGUGUUCUCUCCAGCCCUUACUGACUAGGAAAAUAAUUGAGAAAUCCCUCUUUUCUUCUUCAGUGAAAGCCCAGUCAUUGGUUAGAAAAAUCUAAAUGUCAAACUAGCAUUAUGUUCCAUCAUAUCUGUGGGAUAGUAAUUCAUGUAAGACAUAUUUUUACCUCUCUUAUGAGUCAAUUCACUUACAAGCCAGUUUCAACUCCAGCUUCCCUUCCAAGGAAUGGAGGUCAUUAUGGGGCUCAUUUAUGAGUGACCAUUUUAAAUAAAUAAUAUUUAAUAUUACAUUAUUAAAGACUUAGCUAGACUUUUAACAUUAGAUGAACUCGUGAAUCAUAUAGUGCAUAGAUUAGCACAUGUGUGCAAUCUAGGUCAUCAGCUUGUUGAAUUUAUGCAGCCCUGGAUUUGAGACUGUGGCCCUGAGUGUCUGGAUAGUUGAGUUGUGUGUUUAUGUGCUUAUGUGAUAGAGGUGCUUUGUUCCUGCAGCCUAGAAACAGAAGCAGCCAUUCAUUGAGAAGUUUAAGAGAGGAAGUAUCAACCUCAUUUUCCAAACCAGCAUUACUUUCACGGCUCAUGGAUCUGAAAGAUUACAUUUAGAACAUUUAGUACUAUUACACUCUCAGAAACUGUGGUAAAAAGUCACAUUUUCAAAACUUCAUGCACAUUGUAUUCUUGUUGGAAAUAAGUCCUGUAGUUUCUUAAUUGUCUUCAUGCCGUCCAUAUUUAACAAGCAUUACAAGUCCUUUUUGUAUUUGGGUAAUUAUUUGUAAUUUAAUGAAGGAGACCAGGGAAUGUUUUCUUCCAAAGGGAAUUUAAAAUCAAUUUUAUGGUAUUUUGAAAGUAAAAUAUUCAUUAACAUGUCAAUAUUUUGAAAACAUUAUCUCAAAGUUUUCUAUCGCUCAGGUAUAUAAUCUGAUAAAAAUUUUUUUGUUUGUUUGUUCUAAGGUUAUUUUUGCUAUUCUCUAUUUUGAAUUGUGUUAAAAUUUGUGUGCAUUUUAUGAAAUGCCUUUUUUCGUAUUUUGAAAGUGUAAAAUUGGGCAUCUCAGAGUAAAAUGGGGGAUUAUUAGCUACAAAAACUAGACACAUUGUGAAAGCUCAGUAACUAAUUUUCUUGAUGGAGUCCUAUCCCAGAGUGUCACAGAUUCAACAGAAUUUUCCUGAAGGGCGAUACACAUCAAAAUCUAGGUUGUGUAGAUCUGAGACUAUUGACUCAAAGAUUCAAAUCUACUUUGGAAGUGACUGCAUGGUUUGAAUGAAAACUGAGGAAGGGCUCAUGCCUGUUAUCACUAGAUAUUUAUUUCUCCAUAAUUUUAAGUGUUCAUACUUCCUUCUUAUUUGAUGGGUAUGCAACUGGGGCAUGUUUGUACCAGCCAGCGUGUGUUCUGCCCAACAGUGUGUCCAUGUGUGAGGUUAACUAAUUCAGAACUCAUGCUCUUGAUAAACUUUUUCUUGAAAGCAUCUAUUUUAAGUCUUUAUUUCCUGCUGAAAUGAAGUUUCAUGCUGUCAUGCCCAUCUUAUUUAUUCUAGAAGAAAAUUUUCAUAGAAGAAAAUGAUUUAUGGCCAAAGUUACAGAACGUUCAUCUUUUAGACUUAGCCUUAGAAUAUCAUUGGAAAUUAACUUGGCUUGAGUUUGGUUCAUUUAUAUCUUUAUGGAUUAUGUACCAGGGCCAUUAAUAACACUUAAACCCCUUAUUUUGCUAUAGUGGUUAGAUUUUUUAUUCCUUUUCAGUUAUGCUGUUAAUUAUUAUAUGGUCACAUUCAUGCUUAUUACAGAUGAACUACUUUUAGUGCCAAUGUAAAGGAUUAAGGAUAGUAUUCAAUUAGUUGGCUGAUAUGUCAGGCUUUAUUGUACAUGGUAAUGUUUCAGGGAGUGUGAUUUGGUCUAGAAUAUAUCCAGAUCCUUACGAUAUUGGGUUAUGACAGGAUUCUAUUAUUUUUAGCCAUGAAUGGUGCUUAUUUUUCCCUAUAUUAGGAAUAUUAAUAUUUGGAUUAUCAGAGUCCAUGUUAUAAACAGAAUUUAUCUAUGCAAGACAAAUUCUAACUGUGCAACAUUUUCAUGAGAAUUAAAAGUAGUGUGUUAAGGGGAAACUCUGAAUGUUUUUAUGUAUAAGUGCCUAGCUAAAGAACCAUAGAACAAUAAAUCAAAAGCUCUUAUAAAAGAAAAACUGAUUGAACAUUAACCAGAAACAAAAUAUUAAUAAUUUACAUUAUUUUUUUUGGUUGCUGGGACUGAAUACCCCAAAAACUAAGAGAUGUGAGUGGAGAAAAUGUCUACUUGAUAAGAAAAUUGAUUUAUAUUAUAUUUACAGGUGUCUUCUAAGAUUGCCUUUACAGUAACCAAUCAAAACUUUAAAAAAAAAAAAAAAGCUAACAACAUAGAUCCUGUGUGUUGCACAUAAGACUAAAAUACUUUGCACACCAGAUUGAAUGGCUCACUUAAGUUGUUGAAUUUCCUUACACAUUUAAAGUGUACUUUCGUUUAGAAUUAUUCCAUUUUAAAUGGGUAACUUUCAACUUCUGAACUAUUUUCCUAAACAUUCCAGUAGUGUAUUAUAAAAGAUCAAAAUAUCUCUAGGUGGUAAUACAAUUUUCAUUUGUAACAUGGAAAAGUUAACUGUUAGGUUUAACAUUAGUGUUUUUGCAAUUGAUCAUAGAAAAGAACACUAAAUAAUGGUUUUCAUACAAUUUUUGUUAAACAUUCUUCUCCCAGUUUGAUUCCAAAUACUUUUUCCCAUUUUUUCUAAUAUAUCAUAAACUAGUGGUUCCUUCCAUUUAAUUUUUCCUUCCAACAUAAUAUUUAGGAAAAAUAUAAAUAACAUUGUGAGUAGCAGGAGACAACACGAAAAAGAAGCCUUUCAUUGUUGCAGAGGUGUAGGUAUUAUGUGAUUGAUGCUCAAAAUACUUAACUUUCCCAGUAAGAAUGUUAAGUUUUCUUCUCUUUCAUUAGCUGGCCAUAAGUCAAGGUCCUUAUAACACUAGGAAAUUACCUGUUUUUACUUUCAAAAUUGCAUUAUAGUGAAUUACUGUUUACAAAAUACACAUACUGUGAACAGAUAUAAGUUUCUGUCUUUUAUAAGAUUGUUUGUAGAAUGAAUGUUUUUUUAAAGUGAGUAUUAUAUGUUAAAUAUUUUAAGUUUUUUAUAAAUACUAGUAACUGUUUACUAAUUUUUGUUUGGUCAAGUGCUUGUAAAUGUCGCUGAAAGAAGAUAGGGAGAAACUGCGGAUCCCAAACUGUUCCCUUUUUCAUUUCUUGAAAUGUUACCACUACAGAUGCUUUUUUUUUUUUAAGGUGAAUGAUCAGUUGUGAUGUGCUGUACCUAAAAUCAUGUUUAAUUGUAUAAGGAAACAUUUAAAUACACAUAUACAGGAAGAAAACUGUAGACGAAGUAUGUGUGUGUGAUUCAGUCUGAUUCACAGAAUUCUGAGAGUAAUAUGGAAUAAAACAACUCCACUUAGAUGAUAACUGAAGUAUUUCCUGCCUUGUGAAAAUUUGGAUAUUAAAUUGCUGUUAGAAUGGGAAAUUUGGACACUUUAUAUCAUUGUAUAAUUUCAGAAUUUAGUUACUGUAUCUUUUGGAAAACAUGAUUAUAGCAAAAACAUAGAAAAUAAGUAAUCUAUUACUAAAACACCAUAAAUGUAAAACUAGUAUGCUUGGCUGUUAACUCUAAAGAUGUUACUUAUGUCUGUUUUUAAAACAUGCAUGUAUUUAACAAUUUUAUCAUAGUAUUGUCAUGGAAAAAAUAAAUAUAUUUUCUUACAUCUUA